AUGACUUUAUGUCAUGACAUAUGGCACACACAUAAUGAUGAUGAUGAUGAUGGAAGCACGUUAGAUGAUUAUUUCACAAACAUGGGAAAAUUAAAUAAAUGGACAACUCUUACAUAUCUAGUUGAUCCGUCUUAUCUAAUUAAUCAGACAUGUCUAAACGAUCAGACAUACCUAGUUGAUCCUCCUUAUCUAAUUGAUAAGACAUGUCUAAACGACCAGACAUACCUAGUUGGUCCGGCGUGGAACUGUUCCCUGAACGGAGAUUAUGAACAUGCUAUCUUUUGCACCUCUCGUUCUCAUGUGAAAAGGACAUCAUGUGAAUUUUUUUAUGAAAAGAAGAAUCGACGACAGUAUAUUAUGAGGGUGGGAAAUGGAAGAAAUAAGAGUUUUCACAACAUUUGUGAAAAACAUAUGAAGGUGAAAACAUUUCUCAAGAAAAAAGAUCCCUAUAGUCAUGUAAAAUGGAAGAUGGUCGAAAGAAAUGCGUUAAACGAUAUAAAUACAAAUAAGUCUUUACUGCACAAUAACGUAGAGAUAAAAUUAUACAAAAUUCAUUGGUGCAUAUAUAAUUCUCCGAUUGAAUACAUUAGUGGAUUAUCAGAACGUGUUUUAAAAUGCAAAAGAAAAUAUUUCUAUUUAAAUUCUAAAAUAAUAAUCUCUCAAAAUCGAAAAAUUUAUCGUGUACGAUUAUUCGUACUUAUAUCAAAAUAUUAUAAGAAAAAAUUUAAAAUAAUAGAGACAUUUUUUUUAAGCAUAAAGAAUCUGUACAUAUGUAACAAGCGUAUAAUCCUCAUGACAUAUUUUAGAGAAAAUUCAUUUCCUUGUUUUAAAAUAGAAAACGAAAGAUUUUAUGUAAAAAUAAACAAAUUAAAAAAUUUCUUUUGUUUCUUCUAUUACAUUUUAUUAACAAAUAAUGAAUGUGACACAUUCUGUAGAACAUGUUUGGGUAAAAAUGGAAAAAUGGAUGGUUACCACAAUUCAAAUUCUCUUUUAUUUAAAUUAAUUCAUUCAACAUAUAGACCUUUUUAUCACUAUAUAGAGUAUAAAAAAGAGAAAAAAAAAUGUAAUAUCUCACGCCCAGUACAAUACUUACACUUUUUAUACAUGUUAAAGCUAUUUUUUGCUCAAUCAAUAAAUUUGUGCAUUCAAUUGAUAUUCAAAAAUUUCGUGGAAAACAUAAAUGAUAUGUCGAAGAAGGAUACUAUGGUACUACAACUAGAUACACUUAAUCAUAAUAUAUAUGAUAUGAGCUACAUGUGUAAAUGUAAAAGAUUCUACAGUAAUUUGGGCACUUAUAAUAUUUCAGAAAUGAGUAUACUAUUUAUGAUAAAAUGGAGAAAAUUUAAGAUAUAUAUAAUGAAGAGUGAAAAGAAUAACUCUGAUUUUUUCAUAUUAUUGAGUGUAUUUAUACCAAAAAAUACCCCUUUGAAUUAUGUGAUCGUGAUGAAAGAGACAAUGCAACAUUUUUCAUUACAACACCAGAUGGAGAAUCUUUUUUUUAAUAAGUUCUUGUACAAACGUACACAGAAACAGUGUUCCUGUUCAUCUAAAAUGUUGGUGUUAGAAGUUUCAAAUUUUAAUAAAAAUGAUUCUAAGAAAAAUAAACAAUUGUAUUACAGUUUAUGUCUUUUUUUUGAAAGAAAAAGUAAAAAGGAGGAGAAACUGAGUAGUUGGAAAUUUUUUAUCAAUAAUAUAUCAUUUCCCAAUUUUUCAUCUCCUGAUUUUUCAUUGUUCAUAAGUGAAAAUUACAGUUUCAAAAUUGAGGAAAAUGAUGUUAACUUACUACUAGCCAAUUCAUAUCGUGCAAAAAUCAAUCGAAUCAUAAAAUAUCCUAUUGUACAUAACAAAGGAGAAGAAGCAGAAAAUUACCAAGAGAAUUUAUUCUGUACACUUUCAAGCAGUAAAAAUCUACCUAUUAGCAUAAUCCCAGAAGUUGCAAUUAUUUAUUUCGAAAAAUUAGACAAUCUGGUUAGUACAUAUUGUGUAUAUAAAUGUGGGAAUUAUUAUUUCCCCUUAAUCGAUGUUUCAUCAAAUGAUGCGUAUUAUGAACAUUUAACCUUCGCAUCAUGCCUUUUUGAUAAAUCUGUACGAGCAUGGAGAGUUCAUAAAGAAGAGAAAAAAUUUGAAAUGGUGUUGUACACCCUUUUAUCUGAGGAAGUUGAACGGACAGUAUACAUGAUAUUUUAUUAUUUGUGCCUCCUCCAUUUUGUAAUUUGUAAUAUCAGAUUUGUUAUAACUGUUUUGCUGAAAUUUCCCAUAUCUGAAAUGUACAUGUUCUUGAGAAGUAAAAACAGAAAGGAUGAAAACCUGUUAUACCUCGGCGAACAGGAGGACGAAAUAAACGAAGGGAUUAAAAAAAAAUAUAAAGUCUUCCCUUUUAUCAAAAUGGAAGAAGAUAAAUACAACGAGACAAAAAAUUUGAAGAAUAAAAAUGUUGUAGGAAGAAGUAUGAUAAUACCUCCCACAGGUAGGAAGCGAAGUUAUGGAGAAUCUAUAAAAGAGUUAGAUGUCAAAAUAAAGAAAAGGUUGAUAAAUUCGUUUUCACGAAAAAGCACAAAUCCAUGUAGAGAUAUUAAGAGAAAAAGGGAUAUACUAAAACAUCAGUUAGAAAAUAAGAACAAGAAAAGAAAAGGAAAAAAUUAUAAAAAUAUGAUUGUAGUAACCUGUCAAAAUGGAAGGACGCAUAAAAAAUGUGAACGUUGUUAUGUAACAUAUCCACCAUUAAUGUUACUUUCAAAUUAUGCAUAUCAUCCCAGUAUCUUUCAUGAGUGUAAUUUCUGUAGAUCAUUUUACGUCCCACAUAAAUCGGCAUUGUUCUUGUCAGACAACUCUAAUAAUAGAGCUUUUAGUAAAAAAGGUGCACAUACUAAUGCAAGAAGAAGAGGAAGAAAAGAAAGUGAGAAAAAAACAAAUGAACCAAAAAGAAACCAAGGAAAGAGAAGAACAGGUAAAGAUGAUGACAAUGGAUCAAAGUCUAACAUGGAAUCUGAUUCAGAGUCCAGCUCAGACGAUGAUGAUGAGGAGGAGGAAGAAGAAGAAGAGGAAGAAGAAGAAGAAGAGGAAGAAGAAGAAGAAGAUGAUGAUGAGGAGGAGGAGGAGGAAGAAGAUGAGGAAGAAGAAGAUGAUGAUGAGGAAGAGGAGGAAGAAGAGGAGGAUGAGAAUGACGAUAAUGACGAAGAUGAAGAAGUGGGAGAAGAAGAUGCAUUCGAUGUUGAUGACACGGAUGGUGCUGAUGAUGAGGAGAAGGACGAAGAGGCGAAUGAACCGGAUAAGGAUACGGAUGACGAGCCUGAAGAUGAUCCAGAUGAAGAUGCAAAUGAAAAGUCAGAUAAGGACGCGAGUGAGGAGGAUCCUGAAGAUGACGGAGAUGAGGAAUCGGGUGAAGAGACGGAUGAAGAAACGGAUGAAGAAACGGGUGAAGAAACGGAUAAGGAAUCGGAUGAAGAAUCGGAUGACAAAACGGAUGACGAGGAUGAUGAAGCGGACAAUGACGCAGAUAAGGAUCCUGGAGGUGAAGAAUCGGGUGAAGAAUCGGGCGAAGAAUCAGGCGAAGAAUCAGGCGAAGAAUCGGGCGAAGAAUCGGGCGAAGAAUCGGGCGAAGAAACGGAUGAAAAAACGGAUGAAGAAACAUAUCACAAGUGCAGGAAAAAGAAAAGAAAAAAAAGAAUCAAGAAGACAAAUAAAUGCGAAUUUGAGAAUGACGAAGAUGAGAAAUCGAGAGAGGAGGAAGAGAGAGAAAAUGAUAAUAAUUACUAUAAGAAAAAAAAAAAAUUAUAUCUGAAAAAAAAGAAUAAAAAAUUUAAGCACCAUUACAUCUAUUUAAACAAUUUAUUCAAAGAUACUGUAUGUAUAAAUACAGCGAAUGUUUCAAAUUUCAUAUCCGUCAGUAAGGACAAACUAACAGCAACAUAUAGCGCAUGGGGAAAACAUACAGAUAUUGCAUGUGUCCAAGUAAAUAAAUGUGCAUUUAGAGAUUGUAGCAUAUACUAUUUUGAAGUUGAAGUUUUAAGCUGCACAAAUUUUUCCAAAAUUGUAAUAGGUAUGACAAGCAAAAAUUAUACAAUUAAUAAAAACCCAGGAGCAGAAUAUAAUUCUUUUGGAUAUAAGAAUGAUGACGGUAAGAAACUUGUUGAUGGAAAAUUGGAAAAUUACAGCAAUGGAUAUACAAAAUAUGAUAUAAUUGGUUGUGGUAUUAAUUAUUUUGAUAAUAGUGCAUUUUUUACAAAGAAUGGAAAAUUUUUAGGAAAGGCAUGUAAUGUGAAUUCGAAAUAUGAUUAUUAUGCUACCGUUGGGUUAAGUAGUCUAGGUGACAGAAUUAAAUUUCACCUGAAUAAUUUUUAUUUUGACAUUUACAAUUUCAUAUUUGAAGAAUGUGAAAAUGAAAGGAACAUUAUUAAAUCCAUAUAUAUCCAAAAAGACAUUUUUGCUGAUAUCAUCAAAUCCCAUUUGGUUAAAUGUGGUUACUAUAAUACAUAUAAAACAUUUAUGAACUUUUUAGAAAACCAUAGAAAUGUAGACGACAAUGGUAGUAGCAUUGGUAACUCCUCGCAUACAAAGUACGCAAUGAAUAAGUAUUUUUCAGGAAAGACUGAUUUACCAAAGGGGAAGGAGAAGAUGCCGGAGAAGAAGACGGAGAAGGAGACGGAGAAGGAGACGGAGAAGGAGACGAAUGUCGAAGAAAAGAAAACAAAAGAAAAUCCAAAAAAUAACGCUGAUAAAGAAAAAUAUACCCUCUCUCGAGGGGGAACAGAAAUAAAAUAUACUGAUCUACCUCCUCAGCAUUUACAAAAUAGAGGCAGUAGUAAUAAUAAUGAUGAAGCAAGAUCGAAAGGGGGAUACGAAAAGGAUUGUGCAAAAAGUGAAGUCGAUAUGAAGGAUGCUGAUUUUUCAGCAAAAUUUUGUGCUUACAGCAGUGAGUCAUCGAAAAAUGUUAUUUUUCAUAAAACGGAAAAUACAAUAGGAGAAGAAAAUAAGAGUUCAAAAGGUACAAAUGAUGAAGAUGUUAAAGAUAAUAAAAACACAUUAAACAAAUUACAAAUUAGUCACUUAGAUAUAAGUGCGAAACACAAUAAGGAUGAAAAAGCAGAAGGUACAAACAAAGGGGAAGAUAUAACUCAGAGUGAUAAAAUAAGAUCCCAUGACACCAAGACAAGCGGUGAAAACAAAAAUGAUCAAAUCAUAGCUGAAGAUAAAUUAUUGGAUGACGUCAACCCCUUACCUGCAGAUGGGAAAACGGACUCUAAACUAGAAGCUUAUGAAAUGGAUAAUAACAGAGAAGAAGAGAAGAACACUGAGAAGAACGUAAAUGAGGAGAAGCCUCCGAGUGUUGAAGUUGAACAGAAGGGGGAAGAGAACCCCGGGGUCCUGCAGCAGCAGCAGCAACAGCAACAGCAACAGCAACAACAAGAGUUGCAGAAUAUUUCACAUCCAUCUGUUACAACCGUUGCAGGCGAAGGUUCUCACCGACAUAUUCACGUCCAAGAAAAGGAGAACACUGAGAGAGAGGGUGAAAAGGGAACAGAUGGAAAUUUAGAUGCCAAUAUAAUUAAGGGCUACGAGUUUAACCCAUAUAACUACCCGGGGACAAAUUUACAAAGUGCAUUGUGGAUAUCGAGAAAAAGCAGUUUAAGUAAUUUAAUAAAUGUGAGAAAAGACUCAAAUUCGUUAUUAUUAAGUCGACUGAGGAAUAAAAGAAGUUUGAGCGUGAAAGAUGAUUUAAACAUUUUAGGAACCAAUUUUUUAAACAGCAAAAAAGAAGCAAAAAAAGGUGAAAAUGAAAUUAAUAAAAAGAUCCAUCUUUUGUUAAGAGAAAAAUCAGGUAUAAUUAAAAAUGAAAAUAAUAAAAAAUUAAAUAAAAAAGAAGGAAAAUGCUACCCAAUUGAUAGGGAAUAUAUCACAAGAUAUUUUGCCGAUUUGUAUUUAUCGGAUGAAAAGUUAAAUAAAAUGAUAAACUCUUUGCAAACAAGAUAUAUAAUAAGAAAUAAUAUUAUGAAUGGAAAUAUUAUAAAUGUACUAAAUAUAUUGGAAGAAAAAUAUUCAGAUUUGUUUACAAAUGAUCGAGGAAGUUUUAACAUUGCCAUGUUAUAUACACAACAGUUGAUAGAAAUACUGAGACCGAAUAAGGGAUUUAUAAAAAGAAUUUCUUUAAAUAAAAGAAAAUAUAAAAAAAUGAGAACACACAACAUGGAAGAAGAAGAUGAUGAUGAUAUGGUCCUCAGUGAAACAAGCUACAAAACUUAUAAUACCCUAAGUGAUGAUCAUUAUUAUGAUAACAUUAUAACUGAUUCUGGUUCAUCUGAUAGCUUAUUUUGUGACACUUCCAAUGAUGAGAAAGAUAGUAACAAUAACAUAUUGAAAAAAUUAGACAAGUUAAACAAAAGAGGAGAAAGGAAAAAAAGUAAAGGUCUUAGCAUAAUGGCGGACACCUUAAAAGGGAACCACAUGAGCCAUAACAAAAUAUCAUUGAAACAGCAUAAUGGAAAUAGUGAUAAGAGCACAAAUAGUAAUGCAGAAAAUAGUGAGUACGAUAGUUACAAUAGUGUUAGUAGUCAUAAUAAUAGCAAAGAUCAUAUAAAUAGAGACGAUCUUCCUAGACAUAACCAUGACGAAUGGAUAAAUCAUUCCAAGAAAGGAUUUUUAGACAAAAGAAAUGAUGAAUCAUGCCAUCCAUCUAUUGGAAAAGAAGAAAAAACUAAUAAGAAUUAUGAACAGCCCAUGUUACAGAGAAGUGAUAAUAGAGAUGUAGAUGUCACAAUAGACAUGUUAAGAGGAAAAGAAGAAAAAAAAAUAGCAAAUGAAAUAGGAGUUGAUGAAAAAAAUUCCAUCAGAAAUUCACAACUAAAUAAUGAUUAUGAGAAAGAGAAAAAAAUGGAAAGAAUGAUAUAUAAAAAUAUGCGAUCGAAUUAUGAUGAGGACUUUUUUAAGAAAAAUAACUUGCAACAAGAAUAUGAAAAACAUUAUAAUAGAUUAUCUAAAGAAUAUGAAUUUUUUGAAGAUGAUAAUCCGUAUAGUAAUAAUUUUAGAAAAAAAUAUUGUAGAAAAAUGAAACCAACAAUAACAAGUUAUAAAAAAAAGAAAAAAAAGGACACAUUUUCAAGCUCAAAUGAUGAUAACACCACCUCCGACUGUAAUAGUAACGAUUCUAAUUUUAAUGAAAAGUAUUACCAAUUUAAUGAUAUAGAUUUUGAUCAGAUAUAUCAUUAUAUCUAUAAAAAUAAACCUGCAUAUAAUGAAGGCCUAAAAUUUAAAAAAGAUCAUUUAUAUUUAGCUCUCUUAUGGAUACGAGAAAAAUUAUCGUAUUUUAACAAAUCACGACGGGUUAACGUUCGUCAGUGUAUUUUAGACACAACUUCAUUAAUUGCAUAUCAUAAACCGUACAAGGAAAAACUUGUUCGCAUGUUCUUCUCAAAAAAUAGGAAUCUGUUGACUUUCAAUUCGAUCAAUGAGGGAAUACUGGAUAUAUGCUUGAACGUCCCCGUGUAUUCCCCACUGGAAAUUAUGGUAAAGCAUCUGAUAUUGUGUAGAAAUUUGUUGCGAGAAAAGAAAGGAAACAUAGGCAUUAAGUAUGAUUGCCGUUACGUAUGCCAACCUUACAAAAGAUACAUGAUUAAAAUUAAAAACAAAAAAAGGAAAAGACGAUAUUUUAAGGAAGCGAAACAAAAAAAUGAUAAAGGAUCCUUAAAUGGGAAAAUUAUUCAAGAUAACGGAUUAUCCAUUUUUCAAUAA